AUGGCCGAUCAAGACCCGGAAUCUCUCGCAAUGGACUUGCACGAGCUUGAUAAGCUCGCCGAGUUCAACGCGCAGGACUCUUACCAGCAAUACAACUCUCCACAAUAUGGCAGCCCGGCGCCAGCCAUGUCUCCUUAUUCCUAUCCGGAUCCCGCACAGAUGGUGAGUACAUAUGGCUUUCUUCCCGUCCACUCCUGGUACCCCGAGUUUUGGGGAACUCAUACCCAGUUCUCUCCUUUUGAUUACCAGAUCUCGGCGAUCAGCAAUUAUUCGAAACCGUCUAACAACAUUGUGAACCAGCACAACGUCUAUACAAGCACACCAAACACAACCCCAUCCAGCCCGCAUCCUUCUUUGGGAUCCAGAACGACGCGCUCAGGACGCCGCAUCGACUCGGAUCCCCUUGGACCGCAUCCAGCAGGCGUUCAGAAGACCUCGGCUCCUAAGACCAAGCCGAGGCCGAGGCCUAAGCCCAAGAAGAAGAAGAAGAGGGAUGAGAGGACAGCACCACCUACAGUCCUUGAGCCGCUGACUGUGUUACUCGCCCAUUUGGACCCCAACAAGGAUGCCGACAUUGAGGCCUACGUCAAUCGAUCCGUAGAGCAACGACUUAGUGAGGUCGGCGAUGCCAGAGGCGGCAAGGGCAACAAGAUCAAGCGACCAAUGAAUGCAUUCAUGCUGUACCGCAAGGGAUGGCAGAACCGUAUCAAGGAGAUGCAGUCCAAUGAGAACCACCAGGGCGUAUCCAAGGUCGCCGGCGACGGCUGGGCCUUGGAACCCGAUGAGGUGCGCAAUCAAUAUAAUACCUGGUCUGAGAUCGAGCGCGACAUGCACGCACAGGCUUUCCCAGACUACAAGUUCCAGCCCAAGAAAACGGACAAGCCCGAGACGAAGCCGGAUGUUGGCAGUGAUGGAGAAGAGACUGACCUCGAGGACAACUGGUCAGGAAUUCCGACGCCAGGAAAACGCGGCGUCUACCUCAACAGCGAGGAUCCAGACGCCGAGUAUCUGCCCCCAGGCCGUGUCUCGAGCCGCACAUAUGGCUAUCAACAACAAAUGCCACCCUCACGCGCCAUGUCUCAAUCUCCUUACCAGCAGUCACCCUAUCAGCAGCACCAUAGCCCACCACCAGGUGUGCUCAACCAGUCGCAUUUCCUAUAUCAUAACCCCAACAAGCCACUACCGAACGCCUAUCCAUCGGCAGGAAAUGGACACUACCAUGCUCAGCGCAUAGAGAUUCAGCAACACAAGCCAUCCCAUGUCCAUCCAGGUUACACGAUUCCGCCUCAGCCCUAUCAGACGGAGAAUGUCUACUACCACCGGACCGAGGCACCCUCGCAUCACCACAUGACACACUCACCGCAGCAGUACCAACAAAUGAGCCCGCCAGGACCUCCGUACCAGCAUAGGACCACAUUCUCCAACCCCACUGAUCUGUACGAGUUUCAGGCGCAGGCGCAGGCCCAAGCGCAGAUGUCGCGCUCACGACAUCAAACUCCAGCAUCAGGCUAUCACCAACCUACGUACGCAUUGCCCUUUGAGGACGUCACCAAUCAUGGACUGCCACUUCCGUCAGUAACGCCUCCAGUCAUGACUGGCAAUGACGGACCGAACAACUUCAACACAGCUUUGGGAGAAAUGGGCGAGAUUGGUGAGCUGGGUGACUUUGGCGACCAUUUCCAGAUUGCGCCAGGUGAGGACCCAGCGUAUGAGCUGAAUUUCCCAACCAUUGGCGACGGCCUCGAUGUGCUUGAUCCGCAGCUGCUCAACCACGGCGCAUGGACGGCUGAAUCUCUGCCGAUCGGCGCGCUGGAUAGACCUGAUGACUUCCUAGACCCCGAGCCAGAGAAGAAGGAGACCGUGGCAACUGGGGAAGAGGCACCACCAGUAGCCACACCCCUUACACCGAUUCAUGACGCUGCACCGUCUUCUACACCAGUGAGCCUCACGACAACCCAAGAAACCCCUGUGCAGCCACAAACACCAGAUCAGCAUACCCCCAGUGCCUAG